CUGGGCGAGGCGGGCGGCGCGGCGCCGGGGAGGAAGCUGAGGCGCGGCGGGUCGGCAGCGCUGGGUCCGGGCCGGCCUCACCAUGUCCAAGGUUUCCUUCAAGAUCACGCUGACGUCGGACCCGCGGCUGCCGUACAAAGUACUCAGUGUUCCUGAAAGCACACCUUUUACAGCGGUCCUGAAGUUUGCAGCAGAAGAAUUUAAAGUCCCUGCAGCAACAAGUGCAAUUAUUACCAAUGAUGGAAUAGGAAUAAAUCCUGCACAGACUGCUGGAAAUGUUUUCCUAAAGCACGGUUCAGAACUGCGAAUUAUUCCUAGAGAUCGUGUUGGAAGUUGUUAAUAUCUGCUAUAUGGAACAUAGUAUUACCUUUCAAAAUAAAUAUUGGUAUUGUUGGAAUUUGCAGUCAGGCAUUUAAAGUGCUGUGAAAACCCCAGUGGUUGAUGAAAUAAUGAAAGGCAACUCUGCCCCUUCUGUGCUCACACUCUUCAUGUGCGCAGGCUUGGGUGUUGAGGGUGCCGUCUCCACAGGGUCAUAGCCUUUCAUCGCUGCCUCUCAGCACAGGCCUGUCGUUCAUUUGGGGUCAGUGGGUUAUCUGACUCUGUUUUGUAUCUAGAAGAUGCUUCUGAUGAUUCUUUCUGAGAACAUUUGGAAAAAUUAAAAAAUAAUUUACUCUAUCUUCCUAUUCAUCUUUUAAUUAUAAUUUUUAAAGGUUUAUGGAAUAUACAUAGCCGUUUGCUUGAUAACAUCCGACCUACGUACUCGGGAAAGUUGAAUUCUUAAUUAUUGAAUCAAUGAAUACUUAAUAUCUUAACUUUUUAUCAUUUAGCGUUUUCUUAAGUUUCAAAUUUCAUGUGUUCACCCAAACAUUAAUAUCAAAGCCAGAAAUUGAAUUUCUUGAUCUAGCCCUUAUGUCUAAAACUGAUAUCCAACACCGAAGAAUUUUAACUGUGAUCUUGCAGAAUUCAGUGCUUGUAAUGGUGGGAAUUGAAAAUAAAAGUUGCAGCAUCUUUUGUUGAAUUAUGCUUUCCUUUAUCAGUCUCUUUUAAUACAACCUUUAAAACAGGAGUACUCAAGAAACCAUUGUCUUUCUGAGAAUGCUUCUAAAUAGCAUUCAUGCAGGGUGUAAUGUAAAGGAGAUCUGAAGUUCAAAACAAAGCUGAAGGAAAUGCUAAUUGGAAAUGCUGAUUAAUUAUACUUACUGAAGACCCAACAUUUAAGGAGGUGUGAAAGUGAGUCGCUCGAGUGAGAAGCCUGGAAAUGAAAGCCCAGGUGACUAGGCUUCUACUGGGGAGGAAAGAAAAGAACAGCGAAGGGGAACCGAAAGCUGAAGCAGUCUCUCAGGAAAAGCCGACAGGGCAAGCGCUCUGUGGAGGGAGUGUUGGAAAGACCAGUAACUUGACAUCCUAAGGAGCAGAAGGCACUCAGAGAGGUGUGGGCUUUGUGGACACGAGGCUCCCAAACUCCCCUUACCAGGAAUCUGAAGGAUGGUAGGCAGAAGAGAAGAUUUCAUAACCAAGGAAACCUGAAAGAUGGAACGAAGGCCCAUAGUGAUUGGGAACUGGGGCUGUACCUGCUGUGCCCCCCAUGGGCUCUCCGGCCUGGUGUCUGGCUGCCCUUACAUCUGGCUGGCUCUUCGUAAACCUGGAAAUGUAAGCUCAAAUAAAUGCUGAAUAACUCAAAA